ACCAGCUAGCACAGCUGAGGGAUGCUGAGGCUUGCCCGAUGUUAGCCUGAUGCUAGCCCGUUAGCUCCACUAGCUUUGUCUGUUAAUCCCGUGAGAAACAAACGCUUAUUUGCGCGUUUCCAAAUACAGCCACACAGGCCAACCACGACACAAGCGAUGGAGAUGUCGCAGCGAAUGUCAUUUAUGUUCCUUAGCCACAACUGUGUUUGGUUCGCUGUCAAUGUCAUAGUUUGCAGCUAGGGCUGACCAGUUAGCUCCUGUAGUCUGCUGUAACACAAGAGCCAAGGCCGAGCGACAAAAGAGAGGCUGUUGGGUGGACAGAGGAGAAGAGAAUUAGGCUUUCAACCUUCUCAGACCCUCUUGAAAAGUUGUCUGUUCCAUCGUCUCCACGAGCAGAGCCAUGUCUUCAUCAGGGUGCUGCCACCUACCUGGCUCCCUUUGUGAUUACUCGGGGAACACUGAAUCCAACUCAUCUAAGGAUUCAGAGGAAUCUGAUUCCACUGCACAGGCCCAGUUUAUCGCCAAGGUCUCAGCUAAAGAUGGCCGCCCACUCUCCACCAUUGUUAAAGCUGUGAGCCUGCAAAGUGAUGUAGGCAUGUGCCGGAUUUGUCAUGAGGGAGGUGGAGGGGAGACACUGCUCUCUCCAUGCGAAUGUACUGGAACACUGGGGAAAGUGCACAAGAGCUGCUUGGAGAAGUGGCUGUCAUCUUCCAACACCAGCUACUGUGAACUUUGUCACACCGAGUUCACCAUUGAGCGGAGGCCACAACCCCUAACGCAGUGGCUGAAGGACCCGGGCCCUCGCAGCGAGAAGAGAACGCUGCUUUGUGACAUGGCCUGUUUUCUUCUCAUCACGCCCCUGGCAGCCAUCUCUGGUUGGCUUUGUCUGAGGGGUGCCCAGGACCAUCUGCAGCUCAAGAGCAGAUUGGAGGCUGUCGGCCUCAUUGCACUUACCAUCGCCCUCUUCACUAUCUACAUCCUCUGGACACUGGUGUCCUUUCGGUAUCAUUGUCAGCUGUACUCGGAGUGGAGGAGGACCAAUCAGAAAGUGCGCCUGCUCAUGCCUGACACGAAAGGCGCACACACCACCCAAAGUUCUGUACCGACCAAGUCGACAAAGAAAAUGACUGACGAGACCAUCGUAUGAGUGCAGAGCGGCAGUGAGGGAAAUAUUUAAAAUAAAGCCAGCCGAAGCACUCACUAAACGAAAAAAAAAAAUCAAAUCAUAUUAAUGAACUUUUGCACUUCAGAUGGACCAUUCUGAGAGAGGCCGAGGACUGCUUUCUCCCUCUGUUUUCUUGUAUUGAAGCACUUGAUGUAAACUUCAACAGUAUUGGCUGGCCACAAAUGUGGUUUUCACAUGAACUCGUGCCAGAGUCACAAUUGAUUUUGAUAAAGUCUUGUCUGUGGACAGCUGGUGCUGAGAAAUGAACGGCUGAAAGUGAAGAUGGACUAACCAGCCCGGCCUUAAGUCCAUGACUAAGGUAUGAAAUACUAAGACACAAGCUAAUGUAGCAGGAUAUAACUGACAGCAUGCUACAACAGUAUAAUAUGAUACAUAUUCACUACCUAGAAUUCCCCACAUGCACCUUCACUAUGUAUUUAGCUGUUUUGAAACAAGGGGCAACUUUAAGCUUGGAAGAGUAUACUACAGCCCCUGCGUUGGGACAUUAACUUUCAGUAUGCUAAAUUUAAUCUAUAAGUAGAUAAUCUACAUGCCCUGUAUCACCCAAACAGUUGAGGUUUCACCUCACAAGUUGUAUUUUUACUCCCCAAUUCAACCUCUGUGUUCCAGUAUGUGUUGAUUCUUUCUUGCUAUGUAUUUAAAAACAACAAAAAGUUGGGAUAGUAAAGCCUUUACCACUUGAAUGUUUCCAUUUCUUAUGAGGUUUAGGACGGGAGAAACCAAGUGAUGAGAUAUGUGUAUGUCCCAUUCAGUUUUAUGGUGUGAAACAGUAUGUCAUCUCCAUAGACGCAUUUUGAAACAAGAAUUGUUGCAUUGGGGACAAGGUCAGGACACCCUUUUUUUCCUACAGAUUUUAUAAACCUGUCAGACCCCAAAUGUACUGUAUAUAUGACCGUCGAGUAGUUUUCCCAUGAAUUGGUUGGCAAACUGUUGCUCCUCCACCCUGGAUGUUUUGUACCAAAGUUUCCAACCACCUGUUCACUUACAUUAUUUCAAGCCAUAUUUUAUUUAACAUACUCAUGACUAUUUCUUGCCAAUAAUUGCCCACAUUACAUUUUGAUCACCUUACAGGCCCAUAUGUUGAAUGGAUGUAUAUUCAUAAAUGUCAUGUGAAUGCAAGUCGUAUCUGGACGAGAAGGUUGUCUUAUGUAGAUAACACCAACUGCACCCAUUCCAACAGCGGCGCAGUAAUAGUGCAGCCAUGUACGUAAAUAGUACUGUUAACACUUAUACUUGGGUGCACUUUGAGCUAUUGUCAUAAGAGAAUUAUCUGUGGUUCUACUUGUGAAAGCACCAUUGAUUAAAAUGAGCUACAUAGCAAAUACUGGUAGAAAUGUCCUAUUUCAAAAAAUGUACCAGUGCUUACAGAUGCCCAGUAAGGGUGCAACAAAGUAAUGUGUCAAUCAUUGUAAGCAGCAGUGCUGAAGCCAGUAUUUCGUGUCACCAUAGUCUUCCUGCUGCGUGGAAAGUUGGUCUAUUGUGCAAUAAAUUUGGAAGGACUCCCA